AUGGUUUGUCAAAGACUGAAAACGACUGUUCAAUUGUCUUUUUUCAGAAAUUCUUCAGCAGCAAAUCAGUCUCAAGUGGAUUCUGGAAAACUACGAAAAAACGGAAUAAGUACGCUUUGAAUGGAAGUUUAACACCGAAGAUCGACUCCGUUGUACUUAGAAGGAAGCGAAGGAUCGCCGGAAGACGGAUCUCCAGGUGAGCAUCCCGUUCCCACAGCCGUCAUUCUCUUCUCAAAACGUCUACUCACCUGACUCUUUUCCUCUCAUCCGGAUGAAAACCGAUCAGAAUUCGUUUCGCCCUCCUCAUAACGGAGAGUUUUGUGCAUAAAAGAGUAGCUGUUGAAAAGCGCAAUUCGAGAGAGAGCGAAAGCGAAACAAGUCGCCUGCUCACUCUGAAAUGUAUUUAUAUGUGUAUCGUAAAAACAUGAAUGAUCCGGACUCCGCACUCCCAAUCUGCACGAUCUUUUGCUUCAAAAUCUUCUUCCGCGUUUGCUGUUUUUCCGCGGCGCCUGCCGUCGGCUACGGAAGUAAGCUCACGCCGUGUGGUGUUGUGCUUUCCAGCGUAGCCAGGAGCUCGCUUGCUCCCCGCCGCUAUGCCUAUUUGGGCCUCUUCGCGCCGUGGCAAAAUACGCGCGCGGAGACGCAGCGAAACGCGGCCGCCCCGUAAGAAGGGGCGAGCGAAAGAAAAUGCAGAUUUCUUUCUCAUUUACAGCUCGUGAGACCCUUCUCUCCUGUCCGCGUCCCGCCGACUCCUCUCUCAAGCGCCACUCCAAUUCGGGCGGUCAUGGUGGAAUACUCUCUAGUUGGGGAAGAGAGGAGGAAGAAGAGAAUGAUGCGCUCGCAACGGAAACGUACACCUCUGAUGAGAUGAGGUCGAAUUUGGGUCAUUUGAAAAAUUGGAGAAAUGCGGCCUCUGAUCGACCGAUGCAUUCUAUGCUAUUUAUGAAUAGUCCUAACGAGCUUGUAUAGAAAAUUAGAGAAACAACACUUAAUUUUAUUUAUUUCGUCCUUUUCUCACUGUAAUGCAUUCCCUCUUACCGAGUCAGCGCCAAGGUGUCUACGCUCUAUGAGUCGGCUGGAGUCGUAAACGACUUCCUAGGCAAGUAAAAUUAAGACGGCAUCUGAAAAAUUGUAAGAUGAAUCGAUACAAAGAGUUCCAAAAAAACCUGAAAGUUUGUUCUGUGUGUCUUUUUCCGCUUUAAAUACAAACAUCCCUUCGUUAUUUGUUCGGCUGCCGGGUGUUCGUCGUGGCUGCGCUCUCCACCGCUCCUUCCUUUCGCUCUGUAUUCGGAAGUUGCCAGAAACACGACCGGUCUGCAUUAUUCAAAUCACGCCGGUACAAUUUAUUCCAGUCGCGCGCGGUCCCCCGGUUCUCUUGUUUCAAUGCGCUAGUUGUGAGAGGCGAUCGUCAUUCGUCAGAAAUGACUUGUUCAGGUGUUUUUUCUGCCAUUGUCCACCUUAAUUUCCCUGCAUUCUUCCGAAUACGACUCUUUCAUACGACCUACAAUAAUACGUUUCCAAAUUCCUAGCGAUGGCGGGUUCCUAGCGAUGGCACCUCUGCUUGUUUGAUCCGUUUCCCCUGUUUCGAGUGAACUUCACGUUGCGGCGCCCGCGCCUUUGCUAGGAAACAGUAUCCAGGGAGCGGGUAAAGCUUCCGAGUGACUACCACACAGCCAGACUCUUUUUUGCUUAUUUGGCUCAAAUACGACAUCGAGUCCACGAACAACAGCACCAAUUCCUUCACUAUGAACAUUAUUGGGAUGGGCAAGAAGAAACGGAGUAUUUUCGCAGCACAUUCAUCUGCUCGGCCGAUUUUCAUGUAGGUGUCUCUGAUGCCAUUGCGUUCAGUUUCGUAUGCGCGCCGCCCGCUUGGAUCUCUGCAACAUACACGUUCUCGUGUGGUCCUGUCUGCUUGCCGCUCGGUUUCCUCACGUGCGUUCGUUGCUUUGAAAAGAAUCCCUUCUUGGACACUCUGGCGGUCCCUCUCUCACUGCCGGCGUCUCCUUUUCAAACUGCGCGAAAACACUGACAGCUCUCAAAUAUAGACACUCACACACAUACACACUCGAUUUUCCACGUCAUUGGGUUUAGCUGAAAGAUGGGCGGAGAAGCUCACUCGAAGCACCCGCUGCUCGCCAGCAUCUCCAUCUCUUUCUUCCGUUUCGGUGGUUUCGUGUGCGUCGUCCCUGCCGUCCUUCUUCUUCUUCUUCGGAUCGCUUUCAUUAUCCUACUCACCCCGCACUACCUCAUUUCCCAACCUACACUUUUACUUUUUUGUGCUGGAUGCGCCACAUGCGUUUGCGUUUUAGUUGUCUCGUCCAGUUCCGGGUAGAUCAGCUCGGAUUAACGACGACGUCCUUUCGAAUGGUCGUCACACGGCUUUAGAAGCGUGUAUUAUGCUGUGUUGGGUGGCGAAUUACAUAAGGAAGCAUUGCGAAUAAGGAUUUUACGCUUCUCAGUUCAUCCCCUUCCGAUGAAUCGUCACCGGAAGUGCUUCUCAAACGCACUUCCAUUCGUCACAUAUUCGUGUGUUCCGCACGAGACUACGUGAACAGACCGCUUCAUUUUUGAAGUGGAACUGAAACUGAUAUCAUGUAGGUCGCCUUCCACCCAAAUAUAUAUUUCGGAUGUUUCCUAUUUCGAACACUAAUAACAGUCUUCACCCGACCAAAGAAGCAUCGCCAUCUUUGUGCUUAGUUGGCUGGAUUAUGCGUGUGAGCGCUCACACACACAAUCGCACACUCGCGCUCACCACAUUUACGAGCAUCAAAUCGAAAUGAGAUAUUUUUGACUUAAGCGAAUUUUAUGCCAAGUGAACUAGUUGUCGUCGUCGGUCGGCGUUUGCGGCGACGUGGCCGUUGCUGAAAACGAAGCGGCAGGACUGCCGGUCGGCCUCUGCCGCCGCCUCUCGUAAUGCUCUCGCCGUCUCUCGCACACCGCUGAAAAAGACUCUCUUCUCCGCCACUGCUCGCUCUUUCACCGCUUCUUCUACUGCUCUUUUGUCCGGUAGGAACAGCUAAAAACCAACGGUUCGGUAAUGCAAACUUUGAUUUAAAGUGCGUUAAGAUUUGAGUGUGAGAAAUGCGUUCGGCGGACACUUCACACUUAUGCAAUUAAUCUUUUUCACACUAAUUCAUCGCAGAACUGUGUGAUCUAGUUCAUCUCGCGCCUGACUUACUGCUGCGAACAUUCUAACACAUGCCGCUUGCAUUUCAUCACAUUCAAACAUACAACAAGCUGCUCUCCUCCUUCUCAUCGCGCUUCCUCCUUGCCCUCGUCCUUCUUCUCCUUCUUCUUCUUUUUCUUCUUCUUCUUGCUCCACUCCUGCUUCUCCCUGCUUCUCUCUCAUCUUCUCCUUCUCUCUUGGCUCGACUACUGCUUCCGCCGCCAUGCUUCUUUAUAAUGUGCAUAGGCAUGUGUAUGUAUGCGCGAGCUGCGAGCGCUCCCCGUCUUUCUGCAUGUGAGAGCCGAGAUUUAAGUCAGUCAGUCGCCGCCGACGUCCAGCUAUUUUCUUUUCCCCAAUCUGCGCUCGCCACUAGAAGAAAAAAGAAGUCUUUCAGUAAGAGAACACCUCUCAGUCGUCAUCUUUUUCGGCCGUCAGGUUGCCACGUCAAACGUCAGUGGGACGGCGGCAGGGGGAGGCAGUGUGCCCGACGAAAUCCGACACUCUGUUAUGUAAUUCGAAUCCCCUAAUUUGAAACAGUCAAAGAAGGCACUCGAGUCGAUUACGUGCCUUCUUCGGCGCCUACAAUGCGUCCAUUUCGGUUGACAUUCGUUUAUCCCGUUUCCGGUCGUCGACUCUCUCAUCCGACUCACACCACUACCACCACACCGUGCACAUUUCAUCCGGCACCUCAAUUUUAACCCGCUUUUCUCCCGCUCAAAGCCGUGGCGGUCUCAGCUUUGUGUCUUUCUUUUCUCGCCCCAAACCAAUUGUUGUUUCCCACUCAAUUUCCGCUCUAUCCACCCAUUCUCUAUCCCAUCAUCACCAUCAUCAUCAUCAUCAUUCCACUAUCCUUUUUUUUCUCGAUUUUCCGGUGCCUCAGAUGGACCCAAUACGAACCGCAAAUAAUUGCUUUUAUUCGCCUAAAACACACGUGGCACACUUUCGUUUUGAAACUUUCCCCGGUUCCCUCCUCCUCCUCAGCCGACUGACACACAUUGCCACCUGCUUCUUAUCGAAUGAUGAGAUUUCGGACUGUCUGCCUCUCUGCUUCUCGCCCAUCUAUCAUCUCAUGUAUUUUCAUCGCUUUAUGCUCUGUGAGCACAAAAAAGCUUCUGCGGAAGGCUCUCAAUGAAAUUGAAUUUGGACGCAGUGUGCUCUCGUGGAAUGGCCGAACUGGCAUUCAAAAAAACGCGGACUCGAGAUGGCGUUGAUUAAUGAGCUUUUCGGGCGUACCACUCCAUUCCACUUCUCUCUCCUCCGGAUUACGGUCGUUUUCUCAUUAACGCGUUUGGAAAAGGGAAACCGAGUCCGGGGAGUGCGUGUGCGUGUAAUUGAAUUCGAAAUAUUUGAAAAGGUUGCCAGAAUAUCCGAGUAGAAUGCAACACAGGCAGAGAGCCGGUUCACGAUGGCGCAUUUUUGAUGCAAUUAUCGGGCUUUCGAGCACCCUUACUCCCCUCUGAAGCCGUCUUUUGACAUUUGUCUUGCGUGUCUUCGCCGCCAUUGUACGAAUAUAUGAAGAGGAAGAAUGAGAGCGCCCGUGUAGCAUUGAACACAGUAUUUUGAUGAAUUGGCUCCCUAAUUGUUUUUUUGCGUCUUUUCGAAGGCCCAAGAAUAAUAUAUAAAAGAUGACAAGAGAGGAAAAUAGGAAAAGAACAGGAAGCGCGUUGACGCUUUUUGACGUCCCGCAGACUUUUCCCCGACAACUCGUACACCAGUCUGAUCAGUAAACUCUUUCAACAAUCAACCAAUUCUCCUUUUUGCAACCCGUUUUCUCGAGUUGAACCGCACCGGGCCACGUGAUUCUGCAGUGGUCGGCCACGUAUCCGUUUAACCUUCUCAGUGGCUUCAUUUGGUGCUCUCGCGCGGCGCGGCAAGUUGCGUGACGCAUCUCGCUCUCUGCGGCUCUCUCGUCCGAUAAGUCCACAAUUAGGAUCGUUUGAUGGCGGGGGCUGUCACGCCCGUUUCCAGGCGCCCCGCCCACUUCCUCUGCCGACGGCUUCUCGCCACGCUGCCGCCGCCUCUGCUCGUCCCUCUCUUUUGCCACCCGCCAAUUCGAUUUGCAUCAGUGCCACUAAGUUUCGCCUCAUUUUCUCAUUUUCAGGCCAUCGGAUGAGAGAUUGGUGAUGCUGUUCACCGGCACAGUGCGCGUUCGCGUGCUCGAGGCUCGAAAGCUCCGUCCGACAGAAUGGUCCCGUCGAUUCAGUCAGAACGAAGCGGCCACGGUGAGCAUUCGAAAAAGUAUCACAUCGAAAUGCGAUUGAUGAUUCCAGGCUGCAAUCGACUCGUACGUGAAUGUGGAUUGGGACGAGUAUCCGAUCGGAAAGACGCAGGUUCGACCGAAGACCAACGAGCCGCGUUGGAAUGAAGAGUUCACAGCGGUAAGAAUGAAGGCGAUGCGAGUGAAUAGACGACUAAUCAAGAAGCUUUCAGUCGGGUGUCCACCAAGGCAAAGCCAUCGGUUUCUCAGUAUUCCACAGUUGUGUGAUGCCUCCCGAUGACUUCGUAGCAAACACUAGGAUCGCAUUCGACGAUCUCAAAAUCGGGAAUGUCAAUGACAUUUGGGUCAACCUGGAACCGCAUGGAGAGCUUCACGUUGUCGUGGAAAUGCACGGAACCAAUGUGGAAGGUUAGUCAUUUAUGCGGCGGCAUAGCUUCGAGAAAAGUUGAGCAAAAACAUAACUUUCGUAAAAAUUGGUCGUCAACACACAAAGAUUGACUACCGUACUUGUUUAUGCGAUUGAUGUCGCCCACGACUGUUGACUGAGCGGACCACGCGUCAAAAUAGAGCAGCGCCUCAAAGAUGGCUGCGGAGGGGGAUACCUAGAAAAAGGGGUAGUGUACAGUUCUAUCGGUUGACCACUCACCUCGAUUGUAACUCGGAACAUGUGUUCGUCGUCUUCUCCCACUCGGCUCGCCCCAAUCACAUUCUUCAACUUGAGUUGUGUGCAUUGCACACGUGGCUCCAAAAGACGGUUCACUUCCUUCACAAAGUCCUCCGCUAUUGAUCUUAUUCGCGGAUCUGUCACGCUCACGACAACUUCAGACUCGCACACACAAAACUCUUCCGGGAUAUUGGCUGAUUCGCAAGAGCGAUUCUGAAAGUCGUCAUGUGGUUGAUGAGCCGAAACGGGGCCCAGGAAAACUUGCAAUGGCGAAAGGAGGCUGAUUCCUUUUGUGGUGGUCGUGGGCAGUGCUGGAAAUGUCAGAAUGUGGAGGAAAGUGGUGUAGACGUCGAAGAAUGAAGAAAGUUUCUGGAAGUUCAAUUUGAGUAACACAUGUUAUCUUUCAUAAUCUCACUUUUGUAUUACUCCUCAAUGUUUCGGAAAUACGUUUUUCUGAUCUUAACGCUUUCGGUACUGAGAUUGAAAAGAAAGGAAGGCGUUCUUCUUGCCGUCCUACACUCGUCUUCCGGAUGCUAUCGAAACGAUGACCGUGAUCAGACAUUAUAAUAAGGUACGCGUCAUCGAGAUCUGUCACAUGCUUCUGCAAAAAGUUGGCGAUGUCGUCGUCCCCAUAAUGCACCUGAUUUAGCCAAUCAUGACCCAAUUCUGUGAACCAAGAUAUUGCAAACUUUGGCUGAUCUACAAACGAAUCUGUUUUGCGUACUGACUCAACCCUACCUUUGUACUUUUCUAUAAAUUGAGAUAGAUAAUUGAGCUGCAAGUUGUGCAUUCUAUGAUUUCCGUAACAAAGAUUCUUGCUUCUUCUGUGCACAUACGACCAGUAGACGUUCAGCCAAAACGGACGGAAAUAGUGAUCAACUGGUUUCUUCUCAAAUCCCUUUGAAAGAUAGUUGAACAAAUUGAAACCAGGAUAGUCCUCUACGUAAAGUGUGCGGUAGCCUUUCUUCUGAAACUGCUUCCAGAUCAAAUCAUGAUUAUCGAAGAAGCCAUGUAGCUCUCCAAACUCAGAAUUCCACCAUUUUCCAGCAAGAAAUGCGACGGCAUUAGAGAAAGAAUUGUCGCCGACUUUAGUCAUUCCAUCGAAUAUAAAUGAGCCAUAAUGAGUGUCGAGGACUUGCAACGUCUUAUUCAUUGUUCUCCGGAAAUUAGAGUGCGAAACCGAGUCCAGUACUAUGACGAUGACUGAUGGUUUCGACCCGGAACUAGAAAGGGACCGGGGGAGAGGGAUGAUUUGAUUGUGAUUGUUCGAAUAAACUCUGGUUCGAGGGAACCAUGCACGCUGACAAGAAACCUCCACAAACUCUGAGUCAAUGCGAACUGAGCUCUGAACAGACAAAUAUCAGUGAGUCGUCUUAACUUUGAAUGAUACAUUAAAUGUGGUCCAUUCCGAGUAGGUUAACUGCUCGUCAUCUCCAUCCAUCUUUUCAUAAGAACGAAAUUGACACUCCACUUCCAAAGAACUCUCUUUUAUUGCACUUAUGUUGAUAUGGAGAACUCCCUAGACUCGACAAGUUUGCGCAUUUUAUCUUUUUCUUUCCCUUCUCUUUUCUGCUUUUCUUCCAUAACUCACUCACAUUCUGAUCUAGGAAAGUCAGUUCCGGCUGCACUUUGGCGUCUUGACAUGCGAGUUGUGUGGGUCGUGAGUCGUCGACCAGAACAUACUCAAGAAUCGACGGGUCCCACGGGUCGGGCGGACGAACGACACAUUUUGAUGAAUUUCGUUUUUGGCGAGCAACAUUUCGCCGAGUUUUCUGUGCCAACGCCAAAAUUCGCUCAUUCUUUUUUCGGGAGACAGAAAACUUACGAAAGCAAAUGAGAUGGCAGGCGGGGAGAGAAGAUCGGGAAAGAGAAAGAUGAGAACGAAGAAAAAGACGAAUAGGAAAGUACCAAUGCGACGGAGCAUGGAAGAAUAUCGACAAGGCGACAUUGAUAUUGACACUAAACAGAACCUUUUAUGGGGGAGAAAUGGCGAUAGGCAAACGAGUAAAAGAAAAUGUUUCACAAUGGGACGAGUUGAAUGGCGGUGUGAAUGAUGAGCACUGAAACAUGACGUCACGAUGUACCUGUAAUGCAUUGCCUCCUGACCAAUGAUACGCAAUCACUUUUCCGCAUUGAUGUUGUACUUCGAAGUCAAUCCUAACCUUCUAAACUUAUUGCUCCAGUUUCGCAUCAGCCAACGUUUGACGUCACAGUAGGCAGACUUUGACCUGUUCCCGAAUGAGCACAGUUUGACUCACUUCGUAUUUCUCUGCCUGGGCUGUCUGCAACUCUCCAUUCUCCUGCACACGAUCACGAAAUGCGGGGGAGCCCAGAGACAAAAACGAGCCGAAUCAUGGAUUGAUAGUCGGGGCGGGAGAGUGAUAAGACGGUCGAAGCGGCGGAGACACUUUGCGUUUUGUCCAACUAUACGCUAUUCGACUCCUUUUGUUGAUCGGUCCGCAAUGAGUUUCGACUGUUUGGUCUAUGAUGAGUAUGCGACGUCGUCACGCGGCGAAAGUAGCAACAGCAGUUCGAAGGCCAAAGUGAAAAAGAAGAAUAGUUGGGGAUUCUGGGGUAAUCGGGAGAGCACCACCGGCCAGGGUAGUCGUCCAUUUGAGCUAUUGUAUCUUAUCCUUCUCAUCAUUCCAGAUAUCCAUUCGCACAACAAGGCACGUGUGUUCAAAGAGCGAACGAAUGCAUUCAACGACAGGCAACGCCGAGGUGCGAUGCGAAGGAAAAUCCACGAAGUCACCGGCCACAAGUUCAUGGCUCUUUUCCUUCGUCAGCCCACGUUCUGUGCUCACUGCAAAGAGUUCAUCUGGGGAAUUGGAAAGCAGGGAUAUCAGUGCCAAGGUUACCGAAACUAACAAUUCCUAUAAUGCAUCAGUUGAGUUUUCAGUGUGCACGGUAGUCGUUCACAAGAGAUGCCACGAAGAGGUCGUCUGGAAGUGUCCCGGAAACAAGGCAGACGCGGUCGAAGAGAUCGGAAAAGAGAUCACUGAGACGGGUGCCGGUCGCUUCAACAUCAACAUGCCCCAUCGUUUCUCCGUCCAUUCCUACAAACGGCCGACAUUCUGCGAUCACUGCGGAUCAAUGCUCUACGGACUCAUCAAUCAGGGCCUCCAGUGUUCUGUGUGUAAACUGAAUGUGCACAAAAGGUAUCCGGAAUGAGCCCGCAGACCAUUAUAUCAUUUUCCGAACAUCAGAUGUCAAAGGAACGUGGCCAACAAUUGCGGAAUCAACGCGAAACAAAUGGCCGCCGAGCUGGCACAACUUGGCCUCACCGGCGACAAAAUGAGCAUUCGUUCGAAGAAGAAGGUGAGAGAAAGACAAGUUCGAGCGAGCGAGAGAAAGAGAGAGAGAGAGAGAGAGAGAGAGAGAGAGCAAUUAGUUUGCGGUUUUUGUUUUGUGUACUCGUGUGUGAAGUAAGAGGCUCAAACAGUGUGUGCGCCAGGAAUAUCUGCGCAAUCAACGGGUACUUGUCAGUUGGGCACACAAAUCCUGCAACACCCGUUCGCUACAUUCGUCUCUCUCUCUCUUUGCAGCCGUCAAUCAUGACCGAAACGAGCACCGACAUCUCCGGAUCAUCCACUUCCGACAAUUCGGGUAUGCGAGAUUCUUACGAAUUACUGAACUCAUUCAACUGUCUUGCAGGUUACUUGCAACAGAUUAACGAAGACGACACGUCGAGCACAACGACCUCAUCGCGAGGAUCCAAAGUUCCUGGCGGAACUCUGUCUAUCCACGACUUCACUUUCAUGAAGGUUCUCGGAAAGGGAUCAUUCGGAAAAGUGAUGCUGGCCGAGAGAAAAGGAACGGACGAAGUGUACGCCAUCAAGAUCCUCAAAAAAGACGUGAUAGUGCAGGAUGACGACGUGGAAUGCACAAUGUGCGAGAAGCGCAUCCUCUCCCUGGCUGCCAAGCACCCAUUCCUCACUGCCCUUCACAGCUCUUUCCAGACACCUGUAAGCCAAUAUCAGUUAUCUCGUGUAUUAUCGUGCUUUCAGGAUCGUCUAUUCUUUGUGAUGGAGUACGUCAACGGUGGUGACCUUAUGUUCCAGAUUCAGAGAGCACGCAAGUUCGAUGAGAGCCGCGCGAGAUUCUAUGCCGCCGAAGUCACCUGCGCUCUUCAAUUCUUGCACAGGAACGACGUCAUCUAUCGGUGAGUGUAACUUUUUGCUCAAAAUGAAUUGGCGUGGCUCAAUUGCAGCGAUCUCAAACUCGACAAUAUUCUCCUGGAUGCCGAGGGUCACUGUCGUUUGGCAGACUUCGGAAUGUGCAAAGAGGGAAUCAACAAGGAUAACCUGACGAGCACCUUCUGCGGAACUCCCGACUACAUCGCUCCGGAGAUCUUGCAGGAAAUGGAGUACGGAGUGUCAGUUGACUGGUGGGCUCUCGGAGUUCUCAUGUACGAAAUGAUGGCGGGACAGCCGCCGUUCGAAGCCGACAACGAGGACGAUCUGUUCGAAGCCAUUCUCAAUGACGACGUGCUCUAUCCGGUUUGGCUCUCCAAAGAAGCGGUCAACAUUCUGAAAGCGGUAAGAUUGCAUUGAAUUGUCUUACUCCUAUUCUAUUGUAAAUAUUUAGUUCAUGACGAAGAAUGCGUCAAAGCGACUCGGAUGCGUCACCUCACAAGGAGGCGAGGAUGCUAUUCGAGCCCAUCCGUUCUUCCGAGAAAUAGACUGGGACGCACUGGAGGCUCGGAAUGUGAAGCCGCCGUUCAAGCCAAAGAUUGUAAGUUAUCCGCAUCACUCCAGCAACACUUACAAUAUUUGUACAGAAAUCAAAACGUGAUGCGAACAACUUCGACAGCGACUUCACGAAAGAAGAGCCGGUGCUGACUCCGAGUGAUCAGGCAGUCGUUCGGGCGAUCAACCAGGACGAGUUCCGUGGUUUCUCGUUCAUCAACCCGCAUUUCGUCUACUAA